AUGAAGGUUCUUGUGACAGGUGGCUCUGGCUUCAUUGCCUCCCACUGCUUGAAGACUCUGCUUGCUAGGGACCAUACUAUUGUGACCACAGUGCGAAGUGCCGAGAAGGGUGAAGCUAUUCUCGCGGCUUAUCCGGAAUCCUCCAAGGGCCAGCUUUCCUACGUGGUUGUCCCUGACAUUGCCCAGGAAGGUGCAUUCGACCAUGUUGUCAUUUCGGACCCUCCAUUCGAUGCUGUUCUCCACACCGCAAGCCCUUUCCAUUUCCGAUUCCAGGAUUCUAAAGAACUUCUUGAUCCUGCUAUCCAUGGAACGAAGGGAAUUCUACGCGCAAUCAAGGAUAACGCGCCGUCGGUGAAGCGAGUCGUCAUUACUUCAUCCUUUGCUGCUAUCACCAGCACAGAUGGACAUCCUGAUGUGUAUAGCGAGAGCCAGUGGAAUCCAGUGACCUACAAGGAGGGUAUUGAGGAUCGUUCCAAAACCUACCGCGCGAGUAAAACGCUCGCUGAGCGGGCUGCAUGGUCAUUCAUGGAAGAGGAGAAGCCCGGAUUUUCUCUUGCAACUCUCUGCCCUCCGUGGGUCUUUGGACCUCCGAUCCAUGUUCCAGAGUCUCAAGCAGCACUUAACACAUCGAACGCUUAUUUUGCGAUGUUGAUACAUGGAGGAUGGAAGGAAAAGCUGCCGCCGACCGGGACCUGGCUCUGGGUUGAUGUGCGUGAUAUCGCUCUUGCCCAUGUCAGAGCUAUGGAAGUUCCCGAGGCAGGUGGGAAGCGCUUCUUCAUUACUGCUGGCCACUUUGAUAUGAAGGACGUCGCAGAGAUUGCCAAAAUGAGGGUCCCUGAAUAUGCCGAUAAACUGCCAACUAAGUUGACUUCGGACAAACCCAACCCUCUUUAUGGCUUUGAUAACGGCCGCUCCAAGGAGAUUCUACAACUAGAAUAUCUGUCCCUGGAGACUUCCGUUGUGGAUACGCUCAAAUUCCUGCAGAGUCAUGACAUUUGA